AAUAAAAGUUGAUUGGACUGAGUGUGGAGCGUUGGAAUUAUGUCUUUAUUUUUAGUUUGUUGUUAUUAGUUUACACAGUUGAUAUGAAAUCAGAGAAUAAGUUAGUAAAAAGUCCAAAUUUUUUGAAAAAAUUGAAAAUGAACAAGUCUGGUAAGAAGUCCCUAACACCCAUCCAAUGAAAAGAGAGAGCCAAAAUGGUUGAGAUGGAGGGAAGUUCUGCAUGUGUUAAUCAAUGAAUGAGCUUUGUUACAGAGUUGAGGAUAAGGUUGAUGAUUCACAAGGUAAUUCAUGAUUUUAUGUAAACUAAUGGAGAUUCAUGCUCUUCUUUUCUGGACCAAACAACAAUACACGCUUACAGGUGUACACAUAAAUUUGCUGCUUUUGUUGGCUUUUUCUGCCACCCCAUGUCUUGAAAAAAAUAAUAAUGUACUAUUCUCUCUGAUUCUGGACUCGGAUUUUCAAGGCUUCUUCCUUUGUACCGGUUGGUUUUUAACAUUUGUGAGUUUUUUGUUUUUUUGAAAAGUUGUAGUUCCUUUUGGGGGUAUUGAAACAAAAGCAAGUAGAUUCCUGAUGUUAUUCCCUUACACCUUUCUGCCUUUUUGAUUCCCAAGACCACAAAAAAGUUCAUUUUAUCUCAUUACAACCCUUAGCUGGAGAAGUCUCACUUAUCCAUCUCUAUAUAUACUCAAAAAGGUAACUUUGCCAUCACUCUUCUUACACUCCUUUCUGUGUUUCUCAAACACCUCAUCCUUCUAGGGGUGCCACACUGUGCCACACCUAACAACAAUGGCAGAUCUAGGUGUUUUUCUCAAUCAAACUUGUGCUGCUGCUGCUGCUGGUGAUAGAGGAGGAGCAAUGGGGGACAAAGAUUUUGAUGAAGAUGAUUCUGCCCAAAAUACCACAAGGGCAUGCAAGGAAUCUUUUGCUUCUUCUGCAUGGCGUUUACCUGCUACCACAAGAAAGAUUCCAAGGGCUAAGUCCAUUACUCCACCACCUUCUUCUGAUGCUCCUCCAUUGUUGAAAGCUUCCUCAGAACCCAUGGAUAUCCCUGACUGGUCUAAAAUUUAUGGGAAGAGUUGCGAGAAAGGGUCAAUGGAUGAUGAUGGUGCAUGCAGCAAAGGUGGUGACGAUGAAGAUGAUGAAAUGGUGCCUCCACAUGAAUGGAUUGCAAGGAAGCUUGCAAGAAGCCAGAUUUCAUCUUUCUCUGUGUGUGAAGGGAUGGGGAGAACCCUGAAAGGGAGAGAUCUUAGCAAGGUGAGGAAUGCUAUUUUGGCCAAAACUGGCUUCAUAGAGUAGUUGCUGUUAGUGAAGUUGUCACCACAGUCUUCUUCAACCAUGUCUCAUCAUAUAAGCUUCAAAUUUUGGUGUCAUUAGUGGCUCUACCAUCGUCAAAUCUUCUAUUAUUGUUAGAUUAAGUUAUCAUGCAAUCGUUUUUUCUUUCUUUUGUUUUGAUCAUUCUCAGUAUUAAAUACUUUAUUGGUACGGAAUAGGGUGUCCUUUUCUGCAAGAGGAAUCGCUCUACAUGAAGCCAGAGCUGUCUUGUUUGUAUUCGUUUCUUGUUCUAAAGCUUUCUGGGAAAAGGAAAGAUUUAUAGGGAAAGCAAAAGAAUGAGUGGAAGUGAGCAUGGCAGCCUCUGAAAGUUUUGUGUGGAUUUUUAAUGAGUUUUUGGUUUUAGGCUAAU